GUUCCUUGUAUGCAGAUGCCGAACUACUGGGUACCAAGUUCUAAGGGAGGGGGAACUGCUUGCUCGGCCCUCGCUACUCUUUUAGGGAGAUCGCGAGGGUAGGCCCAAGAAGAACCCGUUUGGCUUAUUCAUGUAAUCUGACAAGCUCUCCUAUAUGGAUCGACUUUUGACUCUGGACAUACUCAUAGAUCCUGACGAACAUCAACUGACAACAUCUCUCAUACAUCCCCACAAUUCCAAGCCUGAACCAUUCAGACCGAUAUCCAACCUCGCCCAUUCCCACUUCAAGCAAACGCCAUGUCCACUAUCCAAAAAGUAGCCGUGAUAGGCAGCGGCUCUAUCGGCGCCUCCUGGGCAGCCCUCUUUCUCGCCCAAGGCCUAACCGUAACUGCCUUUGACAUCAACCCCUCGGCGGAAUCCUUCCUGCGGACCCUAGUCGCCGACGCCCUCCCCGUGCUCUCCUCCCUCAGCCUCCUCAAGAAUGCCUCCGCCUCCGCCCAAGACAUCCUCUUCACCACCGACCUAGCCACGGCUAUUCGCGAUGCCGAUUUCAUCCAAGAAAACGGCCCCGAGAGACUCGAGUGUAAGCAGAAAUUGUUUGGUGAUAUCGCAGAGUUAGCAGGGAAGGAUACGAUCAUCGCCACUAGCUCGAGCGGGUUGACCUGCUCGAGUAUACAGACGGGGAUGCGUCCUGAGGCUGGGCCGGGGAGGUGCGUGGUUGGCCAUCCGUUUAACCCGCCUCACUUAAUCCCGCUGGUUGAAGUCGUGGGCGGUGCGCAGACGGAUCAAGAUGUAAUCGACCGUACAUUGGCCUUUUACAAUUCUAUUGGCAAGAAAGCCAUCUACGUAAAGAAGGAGAUUCCCGGUCACAUCGCGAACAGGCUGCAGUCGGCGCUUAUGCGAGAAAUGAUGUACCUCCUGCAAGAAGACGUGUGCAGUGUUGGGGACCUAGACGCAGCAGUUUCGUACGGGCCGGGAUUGAGAUGGGGAGUUAUGGGACCGAAUACGCUGUUUCAUUUGGGUGGUGGGGAAGGCGGGGCUGAGCAUAUGGCCGACCAUUUGUUGGGGCCGCUGAUGAGCUGGUAUGCGCCGGCUGAUCCGGUUGUGGAUGAGGGGAUGAAGAGGAGAUGGGUGAAGGGUACGUUGAAGGAGGUUAAUGGGAGGGGAUAUAGAGAUUUGGUUAAGCAAAGGGAUGAGGAGUUGGUUAGGCUGUUGAACGUUAGGAGGGAGUGGGAUGGGUAUGCUGCUAAGCAGGCUGAGGCAGUUGCGAAGGAAUGAGCGCUGGGAAUAGGAGUUGUGUUUAAUUCUGACGAUUAAUUCUUCCUCGCUGUGUACCCAGGCGUGGGAUGCAUAUUGAUAUUCCGAUACAGCCAACGAAGCC